GGGCCGGGCGCGGAGCCUGCAUGGCACGGCACGGCGCCGGCAGUGCCGCUCGCUAGGAUGAACGAGGAGGCGGCCCAGAAGAGCGACGGCGGCGAGAAGUGCAACGGCGGCAGCCAGCGGAGGAAGAGACCCAAGAAGUCUGACAGCAAUGCAAGCUUUCUCCGAGCUGCCAGAGCUGGCAAUUUGGACAAAGUUGUGGAAUACCUGAAAAGUGGAAUAGACAUUAACACCUGUAAUCAGAAUGGGCUCAAUGCUCUGCACCUGGCAGCCAAAGAAGGCCACGUGGGACUGGUGCAGGAAUUGCUGGAAAGAGGCUCAGCUGUGGAUUCUGCCACUAAGAAAGGGAAUACAGCCCUGCACAUUGCAUCCUUAGCAGGACAAGCUGAAGUUGUCAAAGUUCUGGUGAAGGAAGGAGCCAAUAUUAAUGCACAAUCUCAGAAUGGCUUUACUCCUCUGUACAUGGCAGCUCAAGAGAACCACAUUGAGGUGGUGAAAUAUCUCCUGGAGAAUGGAGCCAACCAAAGCACAGCUACCGAGGACGGUUUCACCCCUCUGGCUGUGGCACUGCAGCAGGGACACAACCAGGCAGUGGCCAUCCUGCUGGAGAACGACACCAAGGGCAAGGUGCGGCUGCCGGCGCUGCACAUCGCCGCCAGGAAGGACGACACCAAGUCGGCGGCGCUGCUGCUGCAGAACGACCACAACGCCGAUGUGCAGUCCAAGAUGAUGGUGAAUAGGACGACUGAGAGCGGCUUUACCCCUUUGCACAUCGCCGCGCACUACGGCAAUGUCAACGUGGCCACGCUGCUGCUGAACCGCGGAGCUGCCGUCGACUUCACAGCCAGGAAUGGAAUCACCCCACUGCAUGUGGCUUCCAAAAGGGGAAACACAAACAUGGUGAAGCUCUUGUUGGAUCGUGGAGGGCAGAUCGAUGCCAAAACCAGGGAUGGACUCACCCCACUGCACUGUGCGGCACGAAGUGGCCAUGACCAGGUUGUGGAGCUGCUCCUGGAGAGAGGUGCCCCACUGCUGGCACGGACCAAGAACGGACUCUCCCCGCUCCACAUGGCGGCCCAGGGGGACCACGUGGAAUGUGUCAAGCACCUGCUGCAGCACAAGGCUCCUGUGGACGAUGUGACUCUGGACUACCUGACCGCCCUGCACGUGGCCGCUCACUGCGGCCACUACCGUGUCACCAAACUCCUGCUGGACAAGAGAGCCAACCCCAACGCCCGCGCCCUGAAUGGUUUUACUCCACUGCACAUUGCCUGCAAGAAAAAUCGCAUCAAAGUCAUGGAACUCCUGGUGAAAUAUGGGGCCUCAAUCCAGGCUAUAACAGAGUCGGGCCUCACACCAAUACACGUGGCUGCAUUUAUGGGCCACUUGAACAUAGUCCUCCUUCUGCUGCAGAACGGAGCCUCUCCCGAUGUCACUAACAUUCGUGGAGAAACUGCAUUGCACAUGGCAGCACGUGCCGGGCAGGUAGAAGUAGUUCGCUGCCUCCUGAGGAACGGGGCCCUGGUUGAUGCCCGAGCCAGGGAAGAACAGACCCCACUGCACAUCGCCUCUCGCCUGGGCAAGACGGAGAUUGUGCAGCUGCUGCUGCAGCACAUGGCCCACCCUGACGCCGCCACCACCAAUGGCUACACCCCGCUGCACAUCUCUGCCCGCGAGGGGCAGCUCGACGUCGCCUCCGUGCUCCUCGAGGCGGGCGCCUCGCACUCCAUGUCCACCAAGAAGGGAUUCACACCGUUGCACGUGGCAGCCAAAUAUGGGAGCCUGGAAGUGGCAAAGCUCCUGCUGCAGCGUCGUGCCUGUCCUGAUUCUGCUGGCAAGAACGGCCUCACCCCGCUGCACGUGGCGGCGCACUACGACAACCAGAAGGUGGCGCUGCUGCUGCUGGAGAAGGGCGCCUCGCCGCACGCCACGGCCAAGAAUGGAUACACCCCUCUGCACAUCGCUGCCAAGAAGAACCAGAUGCAGAUAGCUACCACUCUGUUGAACUACGGGGCUGAGACCAACAUUUUGACCAAGCAGGGAGUCACCCCACUCCAUCUGGCCUCCCAGGAAGGUCACACUGACAUGGUGACUUUGCUUUUGGAGAAGGGCUCCAACAUCCACAUGGCAACAAAGGCGGGACUGACAUCCUUACACCUUGCAGCUCAAGAGGAUAAAGUGAAUGUAGCUGAAAUACUCACCAAACAUGGUGCAAACCAGGAUGCUCAGACAAAGCUUGGUUAUACACCUUUAAUUGUGGCCUGUCACUAUGGAAACAUCAAAAUGGUGAAUUUUCUCCUCAAGCACGGAGCAAAUGUCAAUGCUAAAACAAAGAAUGGGUACACCCCUCUUCACCAGGCUGCUCAGCAAGGUCACACUCACAUCAUCAACGUUCUGCUGCAGCACGGCGCCAAGCCCAACGCCAUCACCACGAAUGGUAACACAGCCUUAGCCAUCGCCAGGCGCCUGGGAUACAUCUCCGUGGUCGAUACACUGAAGGUUGUAACGGAGGAGAUCACCACCACCACAACUACUGUAACAGAGAAGCACAAGCUAAAUGUACCUGAGACAAUGACUGAGGUCCUGGACGUGUCAGAUGAAGAAGCCUUUAAACACUCUGAUGAGGAACCCUUCAGUGAUGGGGAAGUGUAUAGUGGCACGGGUGCCGUUAGCAGGAGUUCGUGGAGUGAUGACACAAUGACAGGAGAUGGAGGGGAGUACCUUAGGCCAGAAGACCUCCGGGAGCUGGGAGAUGACUCCUUGCCAAGCAGCCAGUUCUUAGAUGGAAUGAACUACCUGAGGUACAGCUUGGAAGGAGGACGCUCGGACAGCCUGCGGUCCUUCAGUUCCGACAGGUCCCACACGCUGAGCCACGCCUCCUACCUGCGUGACAGCGCCAUGAUCGACGACACCGUGGUGGUCCCCAGCCAGCAGGUAACAACUCUGGCCAAAGAGGCUGAAAGGAAUUCAUAUCGCUUAAGCUUGGGCCCUGAAAUCUUGGACAAUGUGGCUCUUUCUUCCAGCCCUAUUCAUUCAGGAUGCUCUUCUCCAUGUCUUGAUCUUGACAACAGCAGCUUCCUGGUGAGUUUCAUGGUGGACGCUCGCGGCGGCGCCAUGCGGGGCUGCCGGCACAACGGGCUGCGCAUCAUCAUCCCCCCGCGCAAGUGCACGGCGCCGACGCGCGUGACGUGCCGCCUGGUGAAGCGCCACAGGCUGGCCACCAUGCCGCCCAUGGUGGAGGGAGAAGGGCUGGCCAGCCGCCUCAUCGAAGUGGGACCCUCUGGGGCUCAGUUCCUUGGUAAACUUCAUCUGCCUACGGCUCCUCCCCCACUUAAUGAGGGAGAAAGCUUGGUCAGCCGAAUCCUUCAGCUGGGGCCUCCUGGGACCAAAUUCCUUGGGCCCGUGAUUGUGGAGAUUCCCCAUUUUGCUGCCCUGCGUGGGAAGGAGAGAGAGCUGGUGAUCCUGCGCAGUGAGAAUGGGGACAGCUGGAAGGAGCAUUUCUGCGAAUACACUGAGGAUGAACUGAAUGAAAUCCUGAAUGGGAUGGAUGAAGUACUUGACACUCCAGAGGAGCUUGAGAAGAAGCGCAUCUGUCGCAUCAUCACGCGGGAUUUCCCUCAGUACUUUGCAGUGGUGUCCCGGAUCAAACAGGACAGCAACCUCAUCGGGCCCGAGGGAGGGGUGCUCAGCAGCACCGUGGUCCCACAGGUGCAGGCCGUCUUCCCAGAAGGGGCACUCACCAAGCGAAUUCGUGUUGGCCUCCAGGCUCAACCUAUGCACACUGAACUUACAAAGAAGAUUUUGGGCAACAAGGCUACCUUCAGCCCCAUAGUCACGCUGGAGCCCAGGAGACGGAAAUUCCAUAAGCCCAUCACGAUGACGAUUCCCGUGCCCAAGGCCUCCAGUGAUGGGCUCAUGAACGGCUAUGGAGGCGACACGCCCACUCUAAGGUUACUAUGCAGCAUAACAGGAGGGACCACCCCUGCCCAAUGGGAAGACAUCACUGGGACAACACCACUGACAUUCGUUAAUGAAUGUGUUUCCUUCACAACAAAUGUGUCUGCCAGAUUUUGGUUGAUAGACUGUCGUCAGACACAAGAAUCUGUUACUUUUGCUUCCCAAGUGUACAGAGAAAUUAUCUGUGUCCCCUACAUGGCCAAAUUUGUGGUGUUUGCCAAAUCCCAUGAUCCCAUUGAAGCACGGUUAAGAUGUUUCUGCAUGACAGAUGACAAGGUGGAUAAAACUCUAGAACAACAAGAAAACUUUGCUGAAGUUGCCAGAAGCAGGGACGUAGAGGUAUUGGAAGGAAAACCCAUCUAUGUUGACUGCUUUGGCAAUUUGGUGCCACUCACAAAGAGUGGGCAACACCAUAUAUUCAGUUUCUUUGCCUUCAAAGAAAAUAGGCUUCCUCUGUUUGUUAAGGUUCGAGAUAGCACUCAAGAGCCCUGCGGACGAUUAUCAUUCAUGAAGGAGCCAAAAUCUACCAGAGGCCUCGUUCAUCAAGCCAUAUGUAAUUUAAACAUCACUUUACCCAUUUACACAAAGGAAUCAGAUUCAGAUCCAGAACCGGAAGAGGUUGAUAUGACUUCAGAAAAAAAUGACGAGACAGAAUCUACAGAAACAUCUGUCCUGAAAAGCCAUCUGGUUAAUGAAGUCCCUGUACUAGCCAGUCCAGACCUGUUGUCUGAAGUUUCUGAGAUGAAACAAGAUCUGAUCAAAAUGACUGCCAUCCUGACAACUGAUCCUUCUGAUAAAUCAGCCUCCAUUAAAGUGAAAGAUCUUGAGAAGUCUGCUGAAGAAGAGCCAGGAGAGCCUUUUGAAAUAGUCGAAAGAGUGAAGGAGGACUUAGAAAAAGUAAAUGAAAUUCUGAGAGGCGGAUCCUACGUCAGAGAAGAACAUGUUUUGCAGAAGUCCCUUUCCAGACAAGAACCCUUAGAAGAAGAAUGGAUCAUUGUCAGCGAUGAAGAAAUUGAAGAGGCCAGGAGAAAUGCUCCAUCAGAAGUCACAGAGCCAAGCCGCGUAGAAGUCAGGGUAGACAAAGGGACAACAAAAAAGGAGGAGUUGGAUGUGACAGGAGCGGUAGAUUACCUUGCAGAGGAUUUCAAAACAUCUGCUUCUCCUCAUGAGGGACAGCCACAGGCCUUACAAGAGGAGGUAGCGGAUGAGAAAAUCAAAGCCGCAGUAGUAAGCAAGGAUUCUGAAAAAAAAGGAAAAGAAUCUCCGAAAACUGGGAAACCAAGUUCACAGGAGCAACAGAAAGCAGCCUCAGAAGUUAAAAAGCCCCUUAGGGCAAAACUAAGAGAAAAGCCAAAGCCAAAGGAAGGCAAGGCGCACAGCAGCGGGGAGAAACUGAGACUGCCUAAGCUCACUGCAGAUGAGGCACCAGCUGGGGAGCCUGGCCUAAAGGUGACAGGUGCUCCAGAGCCUAAAGCCGUGUCCCCCGUAAUCGAGGAAACUCCCAUCGGCUCAAUAAAAGAUAAAGUGAAAGCUCUUCAGAAAAGAGUGGAAGAUGAGCAAAAGGUACGGUCAAAACUGCCCGUCAGAGUUCAGGCAAAAGAAAGCCCUGCUGAAAAGGCGCCUAAAAAACCCACACAAGUCAAAAAGCCAGUAACACACAAAACCCAGCCGCCUGUUUCACCUUCUUCUAAGACAGAGAGACUCGAAGAGACCAUGUCUGUUCGGGAACUGAUGAAAGCUUUCCAGUCAGGGCAAGACCCAUCCAAGAAUAUUUCUGGACUCUUUGAGCACAAAUCUGUCAAACAGAAGCAACAGGCCCCUGAGAAGGAAACUCCCCGCAAGAAAACAGUUCCUUUGCAGAGUGAAGCAAAGCGAGUGUCAAACCUCAAGACAGACAAACAGAAGGACAAACCAAGCAUGGUAUCAAAAGCAGAGAAAGAGCCACAAUCAAAGAAAGGAAAAAUGCAAACUUCCACCAUUGAAACUGCCAAGAAAGGUGGUGGCAAAGACCAAGUAAAAGAGCAGACCAGCAAAAAGCCAACCGAACCUCUCCCUCCAGUAAUAGUUGCUGAAAGUGCCAAAGAAACAGUGGCUGGGAAGGGUAGGACUUCUGAUGAUCAGGGAGAUCCUGACUUCCAGAUCAGCCCUGACAGGAAAACCUCAACAGACUUUUCUGAUGUCAUUAAAGAAGAGCUGGAGGAUAAUGACAAAUACCAGCAGUUCCGACACCUCUCAGUGACAGAGGAGGGAGAGCUUAACUUGGAGCAAGUACUGACCAGUCCUUUUGGUGCUGCUUUUCCCACAGAAUACGGGAAAGAUGGAUUCCUUCCUGCUCUUUCUCUGCAAAGUGCUGCCCUUGAUGGGAGCUCAGAGAGCCUUAAGCAUGAAGGUGUGGCUGACUCUCCAGGCAGCCUACUUGAUGGAACACCUCAGAUCAGCUCGGAGGAAAGUUACAAGCAUGAGGGUCUGGCAGAGACUCCUGAAACGAGCCCAGAGAGCCUUUCAUUCUCACCAAAGAAAACUGAUGGGCAAAUUGAAGAUGCUAAAGGAACGGCUCAAGCACACACAACAGAAGAAACACAUUCUACGAAGGAACUCUCCUCAAAGGAAGAUGAAAAAGGUAUUACUGAGAGGCAGCUAGAUGCUGUUACCAAGACUAGUGAGUCUCAUUCUGACCAUGUAUCAGAAGAGCAUGUACCUCCAGCCUCUGAAGAAGGGGCUGAUAAACUUAAAGAAAGUAGCUCAGCUUCCAUUAUGAAAGAUAUUAGCAGGGAUAAAGAAUCCAGAACUACUGCACAUUUCACUAAAUCUUCUGAAACACAUGACACUGCUUUAGAGAAAGAAAAAGAUGUAGCCUGUGAACGCCGUCUUACAGUUAGAAGUCCCCAGAAAUUGGAACUUUCACUUGCUAGCCAUGAUAGCGAAGGCUUUAGCCCAGUUGCAGAUGACUCUUUGACUAUAAGUCAUAAAGACUCCCUGGAAGCAAGCCCAGUGCUAGAAGAUAACUCAUCACACAAAACACCCGACUCUUUGGAGCCCAGUCCUAUGAAAGAGUCCCCCUGCCGUGAUUCCCUUGAAAGCAGCCCCGUAGAACCAGCAGUGAAGGCUUGUCUUUUGGGGCAGGGUCCUCUUCCAUCUGUUCUUAGCAAAGCAGAGGCCUGCCCAGAGCUGGCAUCGGUGCGUUCCAGGAUUCUCCGUGACCCUGAGGGAAGUGCUGAUGAUGACAGUCUAGAGCAAACAUCCCUCAUGGAGAGUUCAGGGAAAAGCCCUGUUUCUCCUGAAACUCCUAGUUCAGAAGAAAUUAGCUAUGAAAUCACACCUAAAAUGGCAGAUAUACCGAAGUCAGCAACCAUCCCCGAAGUCAACGAAGAAACGGAGGAGGAUUCGGAAAGCGAACCGAAGAAGAGAUUCACCCCCGAAGAGGAGAUGUUUAAAAUGGUGACCAAAAUCAAAAUGUUUGAUGAAUUGGAACAAGAAGCAAAACAGAAGAGAGAUUAUAAAAAGAGUUGUAAGCAAGAUGAAUCUUCUGUGGUUGUCAAAUCAGAAGCCUUACAUGAGGCUGAAGCAUCAGAGUCAACUGCUGUAGUAGAAAAAGACAUACCCACAGUGGUGAUACCUGCUGCUGAAUCUAGAAAGAGCUCUUCCUCUUCCGAAAGUGAGCCGGAAUUGACUCGGCUCAAAAAAGAAGCCGACUCAGGCCUCUUAAUGGAGCCUGUGAUCCGAGUGCAGCCGCCCUCACCUUUACCAUCCAGUAUUGACUCCAGCUCUAGCCCUGAUGAAACAGGUUUCCAACCCAUUGAUUCCCAGCCAUGCUCUGUCGGGAUAGGUGAGGUUAAAGCACAAGGCAAAGGUGACAAAGAGGAGCCGCUUAUCCUCGGGCGCAGCUGUAAGCCUUCCACAGGCACUUGUCCUUCUGAUGGUUGUGCAUCAGGAGAAAGUGUGGAAUCAAAAUGUUGCGAUAGUACAGGUGACUGUGAGACCGUCAGUCCCGACACCCCGGUCACGCGAUCUGGGUGUUCUCCCUGUCACUCCAUUGGUGACAGGUCUCAAAAAGAGGUUCACACUGAGUCUUCUCUAAUAAUGGGGCAGUGCGAUGCUACUGAAAAGGAUGCCAAACCUGUGGCCCCCUUACCAUGCCGCAAUCUCAUUGCAACAGGGGCUGUGUCAGAGGAGGCAGAUGGUCUUUCUCAUGGACACGGUACCACCAAGUACUCUGUCCCGUGCAACAGCAAACUGGCCAAAGGUGACAGCACUGACCAUUCUGCUUCAGCAAGGGAUUCUGGAAAAGUAGAUACAGGUUGUGAGACAUCUCACAGGGCUGGUCAUGCUGAGGAGCCCUUACCAGAGUAUUCGUCCCUAAACACUGACACAGUGGAACUCGCCGGCUGUGCAGCAGAUGCCACUGAUUGUAGUGCUCCAUAUAUAGUGAGCCCUUAUGAAAAUGUGCCUUCUGGACAUUUCUUCAUUGACUCUGAAAGUGAGGUAGGGUCUGGUAGAAGUCUGCUGUCUAGGGAAACCUAUUCUAUUGCAGAAGGGAAAGAUCAGACUGGUGAAGUUUUACUUAGCAGAGACACGGGCAGUGAAUAUUGCUCUUCAGAGGAAGUGUACAUGGAAAUAGAGCCCAAACCAGAAGAUGGAUUUCAGGCAAAAUCACAAAGGUCUCCAACCUCAGAUUCAACAAAAUUAUCUGAAUCCACCCUUGAGGAUACAAGAGAUGAAACACAGAAACUCAUGGGUCAGGUUGUCAUCACUAGAACCGAUGUGGAUUCUGACAUGUGGAGUGAAAUACGUGAAGAUGAUGAAGCUUUUGAAGCUCGGGUGAAAGAAGAGGAACAAAAGAUAUUUGGGUUGAUGGUAGACAGGCGAUCUCAAGGCACAACCCCUGACACGACACCGGCCAGAACACCCACUGAAGAAGGGACACCACUCAGUGAGCAAAAUCCUUUUCUUUUUCAGGAAGGCAAGUUGUUUGAGAUGACUAGAAGUGGAGCCAUUGACAUGACCAAAAGGAACUACCCAGAUGAAAGCUUUCACUUCUUCCAGAUGGGGCAGGAGCCUCAGGAAGAAGUUUCUUUAUGUGAAGAAGUGAAAGAAGCAGCAGAGGCAGAAUCUUCAAAGCUGAAGAGCUCACUGAACCCUUUUGCAACUUCAGAGUCAGAGGAGUCAGAUAUACCAGAACAAGAUGCAUUGAAAUAUUCACCCCCAUCACCCGAGUCUAGUGAUAGAUCUGAAGAAAUUAUGGAUGAAGGUGCCAGUGCAGGCACUGCAAAAGCAGAUCUUAAAUCCAGAAUUCCAAUUAAAAUGGGUAUUUCAGCUUCUUCAAAAUCACCAAAGAAAGAAACUGCUGCCUCUGAAGCUGAGCCCUUCUCCAGAAUGGAGACCGACAUGGUCGAUAGCAGUCAGGUGCCUUGCCCCGUCUCUCCUGAGCAGUGUGUUGUAGAAGAUGAAUUAGAUUUUUCUAAAGUCACUCAAUUGCUUAGUUCUGAACAAGGUGAGGAGUCCCCAGACUCUUCCCCAGAGGAACAGAGAUCUGUGAUUGAAAUCCCCACUGCUCUAAUGGAGAGUGUGCCUUCUUGUGAAAGCAAAUCCAAAAUCCCUGUAAGAACAGCUGCUGCCGCAUCGCAAUCCUCACAACAGUUGGAAAACGAGAGCCUUUCCCCGGAUGACUUCUUGGACAGUUCACAGUGUGAAGGAAAAGAUGAUCAAGUGAAACCAAAGUCUAAAAUUCCUGUGAAAGCCGCUUUCCAAAAAGCUGAACCACAACACUCAUACGUGGACACAUCCGUCCACAAGCCAGAGUCGCCCAAAGUGCUCGACGUGGCGAGCGUAGUCCCUGCAAAACCAGACAGCCGCAGUAAAUCGGAAUCUGAUGCCAGUAGUCCCGUGGACCCAAAGACCAAACGUUCCAUCAAAGCUAGGAGUUAUGCUGAGGCAGAGGCAGAGGCCGGGGAGAGGGAGAGCGAGAUGAAGUUUGAGCUAGACUCAGAUGAGGCAACAACACCGAGAUCGAAGGUAUUUUCUUCACGGUUGCCAGUUAAAAGCAGAAGCGCUACAGGCUCCCGCAGUGCUUUUAGUCCCACAAAAGAAAGUAAGGACCAUUUUUUUGAUCUUUACAAAAACUCCAUAGAGUUUUUUGAAGAAAUUAGUGAUGAAGCUUCUAAAUUAGUGGAAAGACUCACACAGUCAGAGAGAGAACAAGAAUUAGUUUCAGAUGAUGAAAGCAGUAGUGCCCUAGAAGUUUCAGUUAUUGAAAAUGUGCCAUCCAGUGAGACUCAGCAGUCAGUUCCUGAAGACAUCUUUGACAUCAGACCCAUUUGGGAUGAGUCUGUAGAGACUCAGAUUGAACGUAUCCCUGACGAAAAUGUCCAUGACCGUGCUGAAGAUCAACAGGAUGAUCAGGAAAGGACAGAGGAAAGACUGGCCCACAUUGCAGAUCAUCUCGGAUUCAGCUGGACAGAGCUAGCAAGAGAACUGGACUUCACAGAGGAGCAAAUUCACCAGAUCCGAAUUGAAAAUCCCAAUUCGCUUCAAGACCAGAGCCACGCACUCCUUAAAUACUGGCUUGAAAGGGAUGGGAAACAUGCAACAGAUACCAAUCUGACCCAAUGUCUCACGAAAAUCAACCGCAUGGACAUUGUUCACCUGAUGGAGACCAGCGGCAUAGACCCCAUGCAGGGCCACGGCACGCGCACGUACGUGGACACGGAGCAGUCCUUGGCGUUGGACCACAGUGAAGGGUUUUCAGCACUGCAGGAGGAAGUGUACAGCUCGAGACACAAGCAGGAACAGCAGAGAAUAUCUAAGGAUGGCGAGCCAGCCGAGCAUCCCCCACUGGUCUCCGAGGAAGAUGUGUCUGUCAGUUAUUCCCCAUUCCAGGACAGUACUCCCAGGAGCGAGGCAGAAGUGUCCAUGGCUGAGCUUCUGAGACAAGCACAUAAGGAACAAGUAGAAGCCGAAUUCUCAGGGAAAACUCAAAAUGUGCCAGGGAAACCAUCUGCUUCACAACAGGAAUAUUUUGUCACAACUCCAGGAAUGGAGCAGUCCAUGGGAGCUGGAAAAGCAGCGAGCGGAAAAUCUGCGCACCCAAGCACGGCAAAGGGAGAUGCACAGAGAGCGCCCCCGCAGCCUCCAUCCUCUGCACAGAGAGGGGACUCCCCCAUCAUCCAAGAGCCUGAGGAACCCCAGCUCCACCAGGAAAGCCUCUGUCCAAGGAGAUCUAGUCUCGUGAUAGUGGAGUCCACUGAGGAGCAGACAGAGAACUCUGGAAGGGGCUGUGAAGAGGAAUCUUUAGAAAAGGAGUUAGCAGAGGAGUUAGGUGGGCUGGAGCUCAGCUCGGAUGAGGACGAGAUGGUCACUACCAGGGUCAUCCGGCGCCGGGUGAUCAUUCAGGCUGAUAGUAUGCCUGAAAUGCCACCAGAAACAGUCACAGAAGAGCAGUACACAGAUGAACAUGGCCACACAGUGGUAAAGAAGGUGACUCGGAAGAUCAUCCGGCGCUACGUUGCUCCAGAUGGCAUGGAAAAAGAGGAAGUGCUAAUGCAGGGAACACCGCAAGCCCCCGUCACUGUGGAAGAGGGAGAUGGUUAUUCCAAAGUGGUGAAGCGAGUUGUGCUGAAGAGUGACAGUGAGCACUCAGAGGUGACCCUGUCCGAACCGGCUGUUCUCUCUAGUGCCUCCAAAUUCCAGUCUGAACCAGUGGAGGGCCGGAAAGUCAGCAAGGUCAUAAAGACCACUGUAGUGCACGGAGAGAGGACAGAGAAACACCUGGGGGAUGCCAGCCUGGCUUCUGAUCUUCCAUCAGCCAAAGAGGACUUUGAAGAGGCUUUGAGCUAUACAGGUCACCACGUGACAGUGCAAGUCCCUGCUUUGGUAGAGAAAGAAAUCAAGAAAGACGAUGGAUCAGUAAUCAAAAGGACACUACUAAGUAAAGCCAGCACACAGAAGAGGACUGUGAUGAAGGACCGCUAUGGAAAACAUGUUCACAUAGAAGAGCUGGAAGAUACCCCAGAAGCGCUGCCCAGGGAUGACCUCCAGCAUGACCUCCAGCAGCUUCUUAGGCACUUCUGCCAAGAGGACUGGACUCAGGAGGCCAAGUGAGAAGCUGCCGCCCCUGCACAGCGCCACGUGACCCAUCACCGUCCCCGGGUAGCGGAGUCGUCACUGCCGCUCCUACCUGCGCAGCUGCAGUCAAUUCAUUUCUCCCCGUCCCAAGUUUCAUUUUGUGCUGUUAUGAUUUUUCACCCCGUAAGCUAAUUUGUGACCAAAGAUAGCAUCCUUCAGGCAGGAUGAUUUAUCCGCCGCGCUGGCUCCCAGUCAGCGUCGCCACUUGUCCCCGUCCCUUCACUCUGGCGCUCGCUUACUGACACGGCCCUUGCCAAGCAGACUUCAUCGACAGGCCUCUUCCACUGACUGUGUACAUGCACCGUACAAAGGAGUUGACGUGUAAACUGUAAAUAGCAGAGUAUUUGAACUCACGAGACCGCAGAACACUCACUGCCCCUUGGCGUCGUGGGUUACGAGGUGCAGUGAGCCUGCGGAACGGUGACCGGUCACAGAACGGCACCACCCGGACUGCAAACGCUGACUGACCCAGGAGGAAGCGCUGCAGAGCUACCGAGUACUAAGACUUACUGUUCAGAGAUCCGGUCUAGGCAAAGGCUGCGAGAGUCAGGCAAAAGGCAGCUGUACGCUUGAAUCACAGCUGACUGUGGCCAUUAAUAGUGCAGACACCUUCAGAGAGCCACUGAAACACUUCCAAAAGAAAAAGAAAGAAAAAAUUCCCCACUAGGUAUCCAAGUUGCUAGCAGCUCUACCUGCAGCACAUUCGCAUAUGGUAUUAAAUCCUAUAGAUCUGGACCCGUGGCGGGGUGUGUUAAACAAUCCUAACUCCGGUAGUUUCCCGUUUCCAUCACUGCUUAGCCGACCUCACCGACUGACUGGGGGUGCUUCCUGCUGGCCACUGCACUGUAGAUACCUACGGGACAAAGACUUCCCCACUAUACAAGGAGAAUAAUUAAUUCACCGUGUUUUAUCGAGAUUGCCUCUUAGCCGAUACACGCAUGCGGCAUUUGAAGGUCAAACCCAAACCCUCCUAGAACCAUGUCAGCUUCUUGGCCCUCUUAGCACUGAGCGAGCAGUUUUUAUCUUCUGAUCAAGUGUUUUUUAAAGAACAAGUGCUCACAAUCCUCGACAGCCGGUUUCUGUUCAUAUUUUGUUAUGUAACUAUAUAUUAUAAAUAUAUAUUUCUAAACCGACCCUCUGAAAAACCACAUUAGCAUGUCUGCACUUUUAUUUUCCAAAAGGGGAAUGUAGGGAAAGGGGAACAUAGGGAUCUGGCAUUUUGGGGUGUUCUAUACCUUGAUAUUUAAUGGAGGGAGCUCUGUAGGGUUUUAGCAUAACACACAUACCCACCAACUUAACACUUUUAAACAGCUAUUUCAUUUUUUUAAUAGUAGACUCCACAGCAGAUUAAAACCCUCUCCUCUUGGAGCAGUCCUUUGUCCAAGCUUAUCUGGCCUUCUACAAUUAUAGUGUUCUUUGGGUUUGGUUUUUUUUUUUUUUAAUGACUCACUCAGUGCUCAGACCAAGGGCACUUCCUCAUUAAGGUAACGAUGCCAAAAGCAUGGAAACAUCUCUGGAGUUCUGGCUUCCUGUGGGCAGAACCACCCAAGGUGCCAUGCUGACACUUUUUGGGCAGGCAAGAAAGGAAACGAAAAGAAAAAAGUGUUUUGGCAGCCAAAUCGAAUCAGACCCGUGAUAAAACAUCUCACAGCACAUCAUGGCUCCCUGACUGUCCGAGACAGCACGGGAGGGUCUUCAAGGAUGGGGCUCUCAAGAAAUGCAUUUCUGUUGUGUUAUUUGCGGUGCAGAUGAUGUUCUGUGUAACAGCAUAAUGGUUAUUCACCUCUUAUUUUGAUUUUUUGCUGUGUUAUCAGAGAACUUGAAUACUGUGAGAAGAAGUGAAUUUUAAGUUGACGAAUCAGCAUCUUGUUCCCAUGGUGAUAACACUAAUUGAAUAUAUCUAUGAGGGCAUGUAUUAGUUAAAAAUUAAAAAGAUACAACACUAACAAUACAUAGCUGCAAUGUGUACAAUGGCUGAUUUAACUAAAUAAAAAUGUACAAGUGUUAAAUGUA